AGGAAUUUGUGUUUUUCAUCCUUUUGGGCUGUGUAAUCAAGUGGCACUGGUAAAGGCUUGAAUGAAAGUAAGAGUACAAAUUCUCAAGUUUUUCUCCAAGCAGUCUUUUCUGGAAUGCGACUUUUCUUCACUUAGCUACAUGGAUGUGCUCUUAUUUGGAAAAAUACUUUCUCACUAAGUAUUAAAAAAAAACACACAGGAUAUUUUGAAUAAUGUAAUGUAAUUGUUGGUGUGUUAUGUGUGUUUGCAGCUUGACUGUAGUUAAGAGUGGCGAGGGAGGAGCUUUGUCUGAUUGUGUUCAGUUGCUUGCUGACCCCUUUCAUAUUCCCAUCCAAAAUAUUUUUAGCGUUCAUCUUUCUAUCAGUCCCCUUUGGGAUUCUUUCAUUUCAGAUGAAGGUGGGGAAGCAACAGGAUGCUGGUGAGACUUCACCGGAGCUCUGCAUAUCGCGGCUGCUGACCGCAGUGGAGCGCGAGCUGCAAGCCGGGCAGGAGAAGGGUGACCCCACAGAAAGAGGGCUACAGGUCACCCUGGAGGGCGCUGAGCUGUGGAGGAAGUUCCAACACAUCACCAACGAGAUGAUAGUCACCAAGAACGGCCGACGCAUGUUUCCUGUCCUGAAGGUCAGCGUGUCAGGUUUAGACCCGAGUUCCAUGUAUUCAUUCCUGCUCGACUUCAUCCCGGCCGACGAUUGCCGCUGGAAGUUUGUCAACGGCGAAUGGCUGGUGGCGGGCCAGGCAGAGGGAGGCAGGGAGGGCCGUGACAAUGGUGGAAUCUACAUCCACCCGGACUCACCCAACUUUGGAGCUCAUUGGAUGAAAGCGGCGGUGACCUUUAACAAGGUCAAACUGACCAACAACCAAGUCAGUGGAGAAGGACAGAUCAUGUUAAAAUCGCUUCAUAAGUAUGAGCCUCAUCUGCACAUUGUGUGUUUGGGCUCUAAACAUCGUGUAGUUUCCAACAUUUCCUUCAAAGAGACUCAGUUCAUCACGGUCACCGCCUACCAGAACGAAGAGAUCACAGCUCUGAAGAUCAAACAUAACCCUUUCGCCAAAGCCUUUUUGGACACCAAAGACAGAAACCCAGGACGGCGGGGCUUGGCAGAGCCAACAGAGACUCAUGUUGGGAUUCCACCGUGUUGGUCUUUGCGUUCGCCGGGUGAAGGCGGGGCUUUUUCUUAUGGCAGCAGUCUUUCGCUUCCAUCUCAUCAUCAACAUGGAUACAGGCACCAUGGUUAUGUGGGACGACACACUCCCUAUCCUUACCUGACACACCACUCGCAUCCCUCAGGUGUUCAGGUGUUAUCAGAAGGGUGGAGCUCCACUUCUUCCCAUCCCCUUUCCAACAACAACCCUGCAACAGCGGCUUCUCCCAACUCCAAUCAGUAUCCUUGUCUGUGGACGAUUGGCUGCAGUGAGAUAAGCCCCGCCCCUUCGCCAUGUGCCAUUCUCCAAGGACCAAUCAGCAGCGAAAACCUCAUGCAACCUCACAGUACUACUCGACCAAAUGGUGCAGGGUGGGCUCCUGGACCCACCCAGUCUUUCUAAAAAGGCACAUGAUUGGUUAAACAAGAUUCACCAUUUACUGCUGGGUAUUUAUUAUUUGAGGGGCUUAUAAAUAUUUAUUUGUCAACAAACAGUCUCACUCAUGAUAGACAAAUUAUGUUCAGCUGGUGUUUCCAACUAUAAAUAUAUUUAAAAAAUAUCUUAGAGGGGACAUAUAAAAGACAUACUUAUUGUUUGUAUCCAAAUAGUUCUGUGUCGAGUGCCUGCCCACUCAAGUGUGAUGUUAAACAACUAAGUAGAUUUUAGACAGUGAUAGUAGUAACAUAAAAGUAACAUAAUAUGCACCCUCACACUCAAUUUCUCAACAAAAGACAGCUAGGCUGGACUAAGUUUCAAUAAAAAAGGAGCAAUAUGAUGAGGCCUCUGAAGCACCAAGUAUCAUUUCAAAGCCAAAAAGUAAGCAGAGCUUCAGUGUUCUCACAGAUCAGUAUUCGCUAACAGUGUUACCAACAUUAGCGUCUGAUAAUCAUGUCGGGCUAUUUUGUCGAUGUCUAUUUCUUUGGCCAUGUCAUGCGCCACCCUGCUAGAUUAAUCGACAAGUGUAAUUCGGUGGCUUGUGAUGAAAUGUUGCCUUCACAGGUGAUAAUGCAAUGGAAUCUGUAUGAGCUUUAAGUAUGUCUUGUUUAUUGUUAUAUGUGCUGCUCCACAAAAAUACAUUCAUUGUCGCUUGUUUUGCACCUUUGGUGCUCUGCUUCCGCUAGUUACCAAUAGAAGCAAGCAGCUAGCCUCGGCCAAGAAAGACGCAAGAGGAGACAGGCAAACAAGACCCAGCCCACCGGUUUCCAUUCAAACACCUAACUCCUUUUUAUUCUCACCAAAAAACUAGAAGAGUCUUCUUUGCGAGAGGCUGCGGUCUGUCCCCGCAAAUCUGCGUGUGUGAACAUGAUUGACAACAUCCCUCUGUAACACCUUCUGUCUCUUCAGCCUCUGAUUGGCUGUUCUUGUCCUGCUGUGACAAGUUUUAAAAUAAUAAUCCAAAUUAAAUUAGGGGCAUAAAAUGGGGCCAGAGAGGGAUCAUUUUAAUAUUCUACUAUCAGGUCAUACAGACGGUUUCAACAUAUAUGAGGAAAAAGUGUUGUUUUUUUAACUGCAAACUCCACCUUUAAAUUUGUGUUUAAUUAAUUAUAAGAAUGAGGAUGAUUUAUUAAAAUAAACCUGUAUGCAUUUGAUACACAAAUUUUAUCAAAUUGUUUUUACCUCAUCUACAAAUAAGAUGGCCCAUCUGUUCAAUUUUAAAAAAUGAAAUGUGACCCUUGAGCACAAAUGUUUGCCCCCCCCCCCCCGCUAUAUAUCAAGUGUUCUUUUUUUAUU